AAUAUUCCAAUAAAUUAUGGUCGGUUUAUAGCAGCUACCCGUUCGUCACCACUUCGCUUGCCGAAAAAUUGGCCUUCCAAUUGGAACUCUGGAGAAAUACCUUACGUGUUUAACUUUUAUUCUAUUGGUGUUAAACGGCUAAUAAGCUUAGUGAAAAAAGGACACAAUUACAUCGAGAAUCGAUCCUGUUUGAAGUUUAAAGAAUAUGAUCCGAAAUACGCAUCAAGUCAGAGUAACUUUACAGUUUUGUAUUACAACUUUUCCGGAGUGCUAGAAAGUUGCUGUUUGCUCUAUUUUAGCAAACCUUAUGGGCGGCGGAUGGUACUUAUAACUCCAACAUGUGCGAUGCCCGCAGAAGUAGCGCACGCGACUUUGCAUGGCAUGGGGCUCCUACACGAACAUCGCGAGCCAUUUAUUGAAGCUGAUGUGCGAGGAAUUUUCUUUUUCAAAACCUGUUCACCUGAAAAAGAAUUAGUAUUCAAUGAAAAGAUGUAAAUGUUAUAUUAUGAAAA